UUAAUUUCCUUUCUCUCUCCACUUCUCCUGCUCUCUUUCUCUCUCUAGCUGUCUCCGAUCUGCCGCCUCACGGCUGAUCCUAGACGACCAACGCUGGUGCUCAACGAUCUCCGGCUGAACCAGAUCUGUCUUUCGUCUUCAAUUUUCAUUCUCGUAGCUUUUCCGGUGCCGGCGCUCGUCUCUGAUCUCCAUACAAGGAGCGUGUUGUGAUGGCGUCCUCCGUUACUGGGGCCACAGGAUGGUACAAAGGAAAGGUCAAAGCUGUCCCUUCAGGGGAUUCCGUGGUGAUUGUGGCCAUGACCAACAAGGCCGGACCACCACCGGAAAAGACCAUUACUUUAUCUUCACUUAUAGCUCCCAGACUGGCUCGGAGAGGUGGUGUUGAUGAGCCAUUUGCAUGGGACAGCAGAGAGUUUCUUAGGAAGCUCUGUAUAGGAAAGGAAGUGUCUUUUCACGUCGACUACACAGUACCGGCGAUUGGGCGGGAAUUUGGGUCUGUUUUUAUAGGCAAAGAUGAUGUCUCAGAGAUGGUUGUUUCUGCAGGCUGGGCAAAGGUCAGGGAGCAGGGUCAACAGAAAGGAGAAGCUAGUCCUAUCAUUGCAAAGCUCUUACAACUAGAAGAGCAAGCUAAGCAAGAAGGACUUGGUCGCUGGAGCAAGGUUCCUGGUGCUGCUGAGGCAUCCGUUAGGGAUCUACCUCCCUCUGCUAUUGGUGAUCCUAGCAACCUGGAUGCUAUGAGUCUGUUGGCAGCAAAUAAGGGCAGGCCCAUGCAAGGUAUUGUUGAGCAGGUUCGUGAUGGUAGUACCGUUCGCGUAUAUUUGCUUCCAGAGUUUCAGUUCGUUCAGGUUUUCGUUGCUGGAAUCCAGUCUCCAUCAAUGGGAAGACGAGCUGCACCUGAGCCUGUUCUUGAAGCAGAAGUAACAGCAGAAACAAAUGGAAAUGCUUCUGCUGAACCUCGAGGCCCACUAACAUCUGCACAAAGAGUUGCAGCUUCAACACCUUCAUCAAACGAAGGUGCUGAUCCAUUUGCUGCAGAAGCCAAAUAUUUUACAGAGAUCCGUACGUUGAAUCGAGAGGUCCGUAUUGUCUUGGAAGGUGUUGACAAAUUCAGCAAUUUGAUUGGGUCAGUGUAUUAUCCUGAUGGGGAAUCAGCAAAAGACCUGGCUCUGGAGCUUGUCGAAAAUGGUCUUGGUAAGUAUGUUGAAUGGAGCGCGAAUAUGAUGGAAGAAGAUGCGAAGAGAAAGCUAAAGACUGCGGAACUUCAGGCCAAAAAAACGCGAUUGAGGAUUUGGACAAAUUACAUACCUCCUGCUACAAACUCAAAAGCAAUUCACAACCAGAAUUUCACAGGAAAGGUGGUUGAGAUUGUUAGUGGGGAUUGCGUUGUUGUUGCGGAUGAUGCUGUCCCAUUUGGAAGUCCUUUAGCUGAACGACGAGUCAAUUUGUCCAGUAUUAGGUGUCCUAAAAUAGGCAAUCCUCGUAGAGAUGAAAAACCUGCCCCCUAUGCUCGUGAAGCAAAAGAAUUCUUGAGGACCCGGAUUCUUGGAAGACAGGUAAAUGUCCAAAUGGAGUACUCUAGAAAGGUUGGCAUGACUGAUGUGCCUACAGCUGCAGCUGGAUCUACAGAUUCCAGAGUAAUGGAUUUUGGAUCAGUCUUCCUAGUUUCUCCUAUUAAGGCUGAUGGAGAUGAUAUUCCAGUACAAGCUCCAACUACUACUGGCAGCCAGCCGGCUGGGACUAAUGUUGCUGAGCUUGUGGUUGGGCGUGGCUUUGGCACUGUUAUUAGGCAUCGAGAUUUUGAGGAGAGAUCAAAUCAUUAUGAUGCCCUUCUAGCUGCAGAAACACGAGCAACUGCUGGGAAGAAAGGAAUCCACUCUGCCAAGGAUCCUCCCGUCAUGCACAUAACAGAUCUUAUUGCGGCACCAUCAAAGAAAUCGAAGGACUUUCUACCAUUCCUACAGAGAGCUAGGAAGAUUCCUGCUGUUGUGGAGUAUGUAUUUAGUGGUCAUCGUUUUAAAGUAUUACUCCCAAAGGAAACAUGCAGCAUUGCCUUGUCGCUUUCUGGUGUUCGAUGCCCUGGUCGUAACGAACCCUAUUCAGAUGAAGCAAUUGCUUUAAUGAGGCGGAAAAUCAUGCAAAGAGACGUGGAGAUUCUCGUGGAAAACGUGGAUAAGACUGGAACUUUCAUUGGAUCUUUGUGGGAGUCUAGAAACAAUGUGGCAAUUGCACUCCUUGAAGCUGGUCUUGCCAAACUUCAAAUUUCCUUUGGUAAUGACAGGAUUCCUGAUAUCCACCUUCUUGAAAAAGCUGAGCAAGCUGCCAAAAAACAGAAACUGAAAAUCUGGGAAAACUAUGUUGAAGGGGAGGAAGUCUCCAUCGGUGCAGCAGCUGCUGACAGUAAACAAAAGGAAGUGCUAAAGGUGGUGGUUACUGAAGUUUUGGGUGGAGGCAUGUUAUAUGUUCAGACAGUUGGGGAUCAGAAGCUUGCACCCAUUCAACAACAGUUGGCGGCCUUGAAUCUUCAAGAAGCUCCUGUGAUUGGGGCUUUUAAUCCUAAAAAGGGUGAAAUUGUACUUGCCCAGUUCAGUGCAGAUGGUUCUUGGAACCGAGCUAUGAUUGUCAAUGGACCUCGUGGAGCCGUUGAAUCUCCUACGGACAUGUUCGAAGUGUUCUACAUUGACUAUGGUAAUCAAGAGGUUGUUACCUAUAGUCAGUUACGGCCUGCUGAUGCUUCAGUGUCUGCUGCACCUGGUCUUGCUCAGCUCUGUAACCUUGCCUACAUCAAAGUUCCAGGCUUGGAGGAUGAUUUUGGUCAAGAAGCAGCUGAGUAUUUAAGUGAGCAGACUCUAAGUAGCUCUAAAGAGUUUAGAGCCAAGGUUGAGGAAAGGGAUGCUUCAGGGGGGAAAGUGAAAGGUCAGGGAACCGGACCAAUCAUUAGCGUUACCCUUGUCGCUGUUGAUGCCGAGAUCAGCGUAAACGCUGCCAUGCUUCAAGAGGGACUCGCUAGACUAGAGAAAAAGAAGAGAUGGGGCUCAAAGGACAAACAGUUGGCCUUUGAGAACCUGGAGAAAUUCCAGCAAGAAGCUCGGACUGGUAGGCUCAGAAUGUGGCGCUAUGGGGACAUCGAGUCCGAUGACGAGGACACAGCUCCUCCUCUUAGAAAAGCUGCUGGCCGGCGAUAAAUGUAAUUUUAAGACCUGAGGAGGCCAACUUAGAAAAAGAGGGUUGUGUGGCCUAAGAUAAGUUAUAGUCAUAAUUAUUCACAUCUGAAGUCAGCUAAACGCACAUGGAAAGAGAACAAUAAAACGAAUAGAAAAGGUGGUUGAAGCAUGGACUUGCUUUAAGUUUUGUUUUUGUUUUGCGAAUUUGUUUUUGUUAGAUGAGAACAAUUUUUUUUGCACUCGUGUCUUAAUAAAGGUGACCUUUUUUUUU